AGUCUUAAAAUUUUCUUAAGUAUUGCCAUUGUUGGUUGCCCGAUAUUAGAUUGACAGAAUUGUGACUCAUUCUUAGAAAGCUGUCAUUUAAAUCUAUUACUUAGUCAUGCUAGCUGAGGAACUGGCUUACUUUUAUUUUAUUCUUGUUUAGUUUAAAAUUUUUUGUUUUCCUUUCUAUUUUAAUAUUUGAUUUUUUUUUCAUUUGGACUAGGAAUACUUCUGAGACGUUUGCUGCAGCUUCAUAGGUCAAAGUAAGCUGGGGGAAAGGAGGAAAGAUGAUACAGAUACAGGGUUACACAUGAAUGCUGACUGUUUGUGGGGUUAGGGGGACCUUUAGAAGCCUAUGUGAUUUUGGAGUAUGUUGGUUAUGGCAUGAUAGAUAUCGAUUAUAGCUUGUCACUUGAAAUUAAAAUUUAAAAUAAUUUAUGGUAGUGAAUUAUUAAAGAAUAAAUUACUUCAUUUAAAAUUUUCACUAUGCUAAGAUGAUAAAGCUGAUGAUUAAAACCUAAGAUAAAAGAUAAUUAAAACCUGAGGGGGAUAAAGAAGGAAGGAGGGAUGGAUGAAAAAUAAAAGAGUUUGGUGAUACAGAUGACACAAGGAGAUAAAUUUUAGCAGUAGUUGUUUAUGCUAAUGUCAUAUUCCCAGCUCCAGCCCUUACUAAGUGUGUUACUUUGAGCAUUCACAUGCCUCAUGAGCCUCAAUCUUUUUGGCUAUAACACAAUCAUAAGAAAGGUCACCUUUUUUAACUCACAGUGUUGUGAAGACUAAUCAGGUAAUAUAAAUGAAAUUACUUUAUAAAAUUAAGGUACAAUCAACUGCUGUUAUAAAUACUAGGAUAAUAUGUGAGUCUCAACAUGUAAAUAGCUCAAACUAGACUAAAAAAAAAAAAUUCUAGCUUUCCCUUUCUGCGCAUAAUGGAAUAACAUAUACCAGACUUGCCCUCUACCUGUGAACAGCUAGAAAACUGGACAAAAAUAUUUGAAACUACUGUUUUCUGACAUUAGAAAACAUGCAGUACAGGUGUGUGUUCUCUGAAUGAAUGGAAACAAAUGAGUUGUACAAAAGCCUCAGCAUUCUGCCUGAUAUCACUUUCCAGGCCCUGCAUAGGAAGAAGGAAACCAAGGAAAGGAUGGCAGUCUCUGUAUAGAAGUCACUGAGAUCAUAUUUUGGGAAGGAAGGCUGUGGUAGCCUCAGUUUGUAAGGCACAGCACCAGAGUUGUAGGAGCUACACAGAGAAGCUCCAGGACUCUGCAGGGUGUUUCACUGAGUCUUUUGUUCUGUGCUAAGGUGCACAUGCAUAGAGUGAAAUGCCACAAGGGUAGACUAAAUGCAAUUAUUGGGGAGAUGUAAGUUAAAAAUUCCCAGAACUUACAUGUGACAGAGAGACAUUUGAGUUUUGACUACCAGAGUGGCAAGACAUUACUGAAAAUCUUGGGCAUUCAGUAGAUACCCCAGAGUUGUGCCUUUGAAUAGGGCUAAAAGAACUCUAGAGUAGAGGUUGCUCUGGACCGCCAAUAACAAUUUAAAAAUAACCUGAAAAGGAUCAAACUGAUUGGCAAGUAGGUUAACAUCCUGCCAAAUUCAACACUCUUUAAAUGCAGAAAACAAAAUCCAAAAUUUUAAGAACAUAACUUUUAUGGUGUCUGGUUCCCAGUAAAAAUUAUGACAUGCAAACAAGCAGGAAUAUAUGAGAAAGAAAAUCAGUCAAUAGAAACCAACUCAAAUUAGGGAGAUAAGUGAAGUAGCUGACAAGGGCUUUAAAACAACUAUAGCAAAUAUGUGCAACUAUGUAAUGGAAAGCAUGAGCAUAAUGAGGAGAGAAACGAAUGACAUUUAAAAAAGAAAAAGGGAACUUUAGAGCUGCAAUGCAGUGUAGAAAUGCAGUAUCUGAAUGGAAAAUCCACCAAGGGAUUGUCAGCUGAUCAGCCACCGCAGAAGAAAAGAAGCAUGACUUAAAGAUAGUGCAAUUUGUAUAGAAACUAUACAAAUUGAGGUACAAUAAAAGGCCAGAUCCUCAGUGAGCUGAGAAAUAUUCAAAGUGAUCUAACAUACGUGUAAUUGGAGUAUCUGAAAAGGGCAGGGGAGAGGAGCCAGAAAAUGUAUAUUUGAAGGAAUAAUGAUUUAAUUUUUAACAAACGGGAUGAAAACUAUAAUUUCUAAAUCUAAGAAGACAAACUCCAAGCAGGAUAAUUGAAAGGAAAACCAUUUUAUGGCAUAUUGUAUUCAAUUUGUUGAGAACCAAUGAUAAUGUAAAGCUCAAAAGGACCCAGAGAAAAAAAGAAACAUUAAAUACAGAGGUACUAAGAUAAGAAUUACUGAUUUCUUGUCAGAAAUAAUGCAAGCCAAGUAAGGAAUGGAAUGAUAACUUUAACAUGCUUUAAAAAAGUUAAUGUAGGAUUCUAUGUCAAGUGAAAAUGUCCUUCAAAAAUGAAAGCAGAUUAAAGAAUUUUUUGGACAAAUAAAAGCACAGAGAAUUUUUUUCCAGCAGACCUGAAUCACAAGAAAUGUUAAAGGAAGUCCUUCUAGAGGAAGAAAACUGAUACCAGUAUAAACCCAGUUCCAUACAAAUGAAUGAAGAAUGCCAGAAAUGGAAAGUGCUUGUGUCUAUCGGGGUUCCUUGUUGGCGGAUGCCACCAUUUGGAAGCCCGAUUCAUGCCAGAACUGCCGUUGCCAUGGUGAUAUCGUUAUCUGCAAACCUGCUGUUUGCAGAAACCCUCAGUGUGCCUUUGAGAAGGGGGAAGUGCUUCAAAUACCCGCCAACCAAUGCUGCCCUGAGUGUGUGCCGAGGACUCCUGGAUCUUGCCAUCAUGAAAAGAAAAUUCACGCACAUGGGACAGAGUGGGCCUCCUCCCCAUGCAGUGUGUGCUCUUGCACUCAUGGGAAAGUCCGAUGCACCCCCCGACCAUGCCCACCGCUGUUAUGUGGACACCAGGAGCUGGAAUUCAUCCCUGAAGGAAGCUGCUGUCCAGUCUGUGUGGGCCCUGGGAAACCCUGCUCCCACGGAGCCCGUGUGUUUCAGGAUGGGGAGGACUGGCCAUUGAGUCGGUGCGCCAAGUGUGUGUGUAGAAAUGGGGUCGCCCAGUGCUUCACAGCUCAGUGUCAGCCUCUGUUUUGUAACCAGGAUGAAACUGUAGUCCGAGUCCCUGGAAAAUGUUGCCCACAGUGCUCUUCGCGAUCCUGCUCUGCAGCCGGCCGAGUCUACGAGCAUGGUGAGCAGUGGAGUGAAAAUGCCUGCACCACGUGUAUAUGUGACCGGGGUGAGGUCAGGUGCCACAAACAGGCCUGCCCUCCAUUAAGAUGUGAAAAGGGUCAGAGAAGGGCUCAGCGUCACGGGCAGUGCUGUGAGGACUGUGUGUCUCCUGCUGGCAGCUGCUUGCACGGGGGGCUUGUGCGGUACCAGGAUGAAAUGUGGAAGGGCUUGGCCUGUGAGUUCUGCACGUGUGACCGUGGCCAAGUGACCUGCCGGACCGGAGAGUGUGCCAAAGUGGAGUGUGCCCGGGGUGAAGAAUUAAUUCACUUAGAUGGAAAAUGCUGUCCUGAAUGCAUUUCAAGGAAUGGUUAUUGUAUAUAUGAAGAAAAUGCAGAAUUUAUGUCCUCAAAUGUGAGUAAAGUUAAACAUAUUCCAGAGGGGGAGAAGUGGGAGGAUGGCCCUUGCCAGGUGUGUGAGUGCCGGGGGGCUCAGGUAACUUGCUACGAGCCCUCUUGUCCUCCGUGUCCGGUGGCCACACUAGCUCAGGUGGUGAAGGGACAGUGCUGUCCAGAGUGCACAUCAGUUCAUUGCCACCCAGACUGCUUGACCUGCUCUCAGUCUCCGGACCACUGUGACCUCUGUCAGGACCCCACAAAGUUGCUGCGAAACGGACAGUGUGUGCACAGCUGUGGUCUGGGAUUUUACCAAGCCGGUGCUCUCUGUUUAGCCUGCCAGCCUCAGUGCUCCACGUGCACCAGUGGGCUGGAGUGCGCGUCCUGCCAGCCUCCCCUGCUGAUGCAGCAUGGCCAGUGCGUGUCCCCCUGUGGGAACGGCUUCUACCAAGACCACCACUCCUGUGCAGCUUGCCAUGAGUCCUGUGCGGCCUGCUGGGGUCCCACAGAGAAGCACUGCUUGGCCUGCAGAGACCCCCUCCAAGUGCUGAGAGAGGGCGGCUGUGAGAGCAGCUGUGGCGAUGGGUUUUACAACAAGCAGGGGACCUGCAGUGCUUGUGAUCAAUCCUGUAAGAGUUGUGGCCCCCAUAGUCCCAGAUGUCUUACCUGUGCUGAGAAGACCGUGUUGCAUGAUGGGAAAUGCAUUUCUGAAUGCCCCGGUGGGUACUAUGCUGAAGCCACUGGCAGAUGCAAAGUGUGUCACCACUCGUGUGCCAGCUGCUCAGGACCCACGGCCUCUCACUGUACCGCCUGCACCCACCCCCAGGCCCUGCGCCAAGGCCACUGUCUGCCCAGCUGUGGAGAGGGCUUCUACCCUGACCAUGGGGUCUGCAGAGCCUGUCAUCCCUCUUGCCUGACUUGUGUGGGUCCAGAGCCCUCUCACUGCACCCAGUGUAAGAAGCCAGAGGAAGGACUGCACGUUGAGCAGGUGUCUGGGGCAAACAUGGCCUCUGGCGAGUGUGUGUCCCAGUGCAGAGCCCAGUUUUACUUGGAGAACACUGGGCUAUGUGAAGCUUGCCACCAAUCCUGUUUUGAGUGUGCAGGGAAGAGCCCACAUAACUGCACCGCCUGCUGGCCUUCCCACAAGCUGUUGGAUGGGCAGUGUCUCUCCCAGUGCCCAGAUGGGUACUUUAACCUGGAAGGCAGUUGUACAGAGUGCCACCCCGCCUGCAGGCAGUGCCACGGCCCAUCGGAAUCUGACUGCAUCUCCUGUCACCCUCAUGUUACUCUGUCUGGCAGGAGCUGCAGGACCAGCUGUAAAGAGGAGCAGUUCCUCAACCUCGUGGGCUACUGUGCUGACUGCCAUCCUCUGUGCCAGUACUGUGUAGCUGCCCUCCAUAACACUGGGAGCGUCUGCCUGAGGUGCCAGAAUGCCCGGUACCUGCUGCUAGGGGACCACUGUGUUCCCAAUUGCCCUUCUGGAUACUUCACAGAGAGAGGAGCUUGUAAAAAAUGUCACUCCUCCUGCAGAACCUGCCAGGGCAGAGGGCCCUUCUCCUGCUCCUCAUGUGACACCGACCUUGUUCUGUCCCAUCUUGGCUCCUGCAGCACCGCCUGCUUCCCCGGGCACUAUCUCGAUGACAACCAUGCUUGUCAGUCAUGUGACACGCAUUGUAGAAGCUGUGAUUCGCAGGCCAGCUGUACCUCCUGCCGAGAUCCAAACAAGGUCCUGCUCUUUGGAGACUGUCAGCAUGAGAGCUGUGCCCCACAGUACUAUCUUGACUUCUCCACCAAGACAUGCAAAGAGUGUGAUUGGAGUUGCAAUGCAUGCAGUGGGCCUCUGAGGACGGACUGCCUGCAGUGCAUGGAUGGCUACGUUCUCCAGGACGGGGCCUGCGUGGAGCAAUGCUCACCGUCAUUUUACCGGGACCUGGGCCUCUGCAAGAGCUGUGACAGCCAUUGUCUCCAGUGCCAAGGUCCUCGUGAGUGCACCCGCUGUGAAGGGCCAUUUCUUCUCGUGGAAGCCCAGUGUGUGCAGGAAUGUGGGAAGGGGUACUUUGCAGACCAUGCAAACCGCAAAUGCACAGCCUGCCCUCGGGGCUGUUUGCAGUGCAGCCGCAGAGACCGGUGUCACCUCUGUGACCAUGGGUUCUUUCUGAAAAGUGGCCUUUGUGUUUCCAACUGUCUUCCCGGCUUUUCUGACCACUCCUCUAAUGAAACAUGUGCUGGCAAAAUACACACCCCUAGUUUUCAUGUGAAUGGUUCCCUCACCCUUGCAAUUGGUUCCAUGAAGCCACUGGAUUUUUUCCUCCUGAAUGUUCAGGACCAGGAUGGCACGGUCGAAGACCUCCUGUUCCAUGUGGUGAGCGCUCCCACCAACGGUCAGCUCGUGCUCUCAAGGAACGGAAAAGAGGUUCAGCUCGACAAGGCUGGCCACUUUAGCUGGAAAGAUGUGGAGGAGAAAAAAGUGCGUUUUGUGCACAGCAAAGAAAAGCCCAGGAAAGGGUACUUUUCCCUGAAAAUUAGUGACCAGCAGUUUUUCUCUGAGCCACGGCUGAUCAAUAUACAUGCAUUUUCAACACAGGCCCCCUAUGUGCUGAGGAAUGAGGCCCUCCAUAUUAACAGAGGAGAGAGGGGAACCAUCACCACCCAGCUGCUUGACAUCCGGGACAACGACAACCCACAGGACGUGGUGGUCGAAGUGCUCGACCCUCCACUUCAUGGCCAGCUACUCCAAACACUUCAGUCCCCGGCAGCCCCUAUCUAUCAAUUCCGGCUGGAUGAGCUCUCCAGGGGCCUUCUCCAGUACGCUCACGACGGCUCAGAUAGCACUUCUGAUGUCACAGUCUUGCAGGCCAAUGAUGGACACUCCUUCCAAAAUAUACUGUUCCACAUGAGGACCGUGCCCAAGAAUGAUAGAGGUCUUCGACUUGUGGCUAAUUCAAUGGUGUGGGUUCCAGAAGGCGGAAUGCUGCAGAUUACCAACAGAAUCUUACAGGCUGAAUCUCCAGGUGCCAGAGCCUCAGAAAUCAUCUACAAAAUUACACAGGACCACCCCCAAUUUGGGGAGGUGGUCCUUCUGGUUAAUAUGCCUGCAGACAGCCCCGCAGAUGAAGGGCAGCACCUGCCUGAUGGGAGGACAGCAACUCCCACCAGCACGUUCACUCAGCAGGACAUCAAUGAAGGCAUCGUGUGGUACAGGCACUCAGGGGUCCCAGCCCAGAGUGACUCCUUCCGCUUCCAGGUGUCCAGUGCCGCGGAGGCCCACACCCAUCUGGAGAGCCGCAUGUUCAACAUCGCCAUCUUACCCCAGGCUCCGGAAGCGCCCAAACGCUCUCUGGGAGCAUCUCUCCACAUGACCGCCCGGGAGGAUGGCCUGACUGUGAUUCAGCCUCAUUCGCUUUCCUUUGUAAAUUCUGAGCGGCCAAGUGGAAAGAUAGUAUACAAUAUCACUCUACCUCUGCAUCCAAAUCAAGGAAUCAUCGAACGCCAGGACCAGCCUCACUCUCCCAUCCGGUAUUUCACCCAGGAAGACAUUAACCAGGGCAAAAUCAUGUACCGGCCCCCCACUGCAGCCCCGCACCUCCAGGAGAUCAUGGCCUUCUCCUUUGCUGGUCUCCCAGAAUCAGUGAAAUUCCACUUCACAGUUUCGGAUGGAGAGCACACAAGUCCAGAGAUGGCCCUCACCAUUCACUUACUUCGCACUGAUCGGCAGCCACCAGUGUUCCAGGUCACAGCUCCACUGCUUGAGGUCCGCCCAGGAGGCAGCACUGCUAUAGGACUUCAGCUGGUAGUGAGAGAUACAGAGACAGUGCCUGAAGAAGUGCUCUUUGAGCUUCGGAAACCUCCCCGGCACGGCGUGCUUCUUAAGUACACCGCUGGGUCCCGGGGGCCCAUGGCCACAGGUGACACUUUCACAUAUGAGGAUGUAGAGAAAAACGUGCUGCAGUAUCUACACGAUGGCUCCUCUGCCCGGGAGGACAGCAUGGAGAUCUCAGUCACAGAUGGCAUCUCAGCGACAGUGGUGGAUGUGAGGGUGGAAGUGUCCCUGUCCGAGGCCCAGGGGCCUCAGCUGGCUGCUGGCGCCUCUCUGAGCAUCACCGUUGCCAGUAAAAGCACAGCUGUAAUCACUAGGUCACAUCUUGCUUACGUUGAUGAUUCUUCCCCCGACCCAGAGAUCUGGAUUCAGUUAAAUUCUCUGCCCGCGUAUGGUGCCCUCUUAAGAAUCUCAGGACCUGAGGUGGAAGAACUCUCAGAGGUUUCCAAUUUCACAAUGGAAGACAUCAACAACAAGAAAAUUAGGUACUCAGCUGAGUUUGAGACCAGUGGUCAUCUGCUUACUGACAGCUUCCAUUUCUCUGUCUCUGAUAUGGACCACAACCAUCUGGACAAUCAGAGGUUUACCAUCACCAUCACUCCCGUCAAGGAUCCACCCCCAGUUAUUGCUUUUGCUGAUCUUAUCACGGUUGAUGAGGGAGGGCGAGCCCCGCUCUCGUUUCACCAUUUCUUUGCUGCUGACGAUCAGGACAGCCUCCAGGGCAAUGCCGUCAUUAAGCUGAGUGCCCUGCCCAAGUACGGCUGCAUCGAGAACACGGGGACAGGUGAUCGAUUUGGCCCUGGAACUACCAGUGACCUAGAGGCAUCGUUCCCCAUUCAAGAUGUCCUGGAAAACUACAUUUACUACUUUCAAAGUGUUCAUGAAAGCAUUGAGCCAACCCAUGAUAUUUUCAGUUUUUAUGUAAGUGAUGGAAACAGUCGAUCAGAAAUCCACAGCAUCAACAUCACCAUCGAGAGGAAGAACGACGAGCCUCCCAGGAUGACCUUGCGGCCCCUCGCUGUGCGGCUGAGCUCAGGAGUGGUGAUAACCAAUUCUUCUCUGACCCUGCAGGACCUGGACACUCCAGAUAAUGAGCUGGUGUUUGUAUUGACAAAAAAGCCUGGCCACGGUCAUCUACUCCGGAGGCAAACUGCUUCUGAGCCUCUGGAGAAUGGGAGGGUUUUGGCCCAGGGCUCCUCCUUCACCUACCAGGAUAUCCUGGCCGGGCUGGUUGGGUACGUGCCUGGUGGUCCUGGUGUGGCAGUGGAUGAGUUCCGGUUCUCCCUCACUGAUGGCCUCCACAUGGACACGGGGAGGAUGGAGAUAUACAUAGAACUGCCUGCAGGUGACACCCCCCACUUGGCUAUAAACCAAGGCCUCCAGCUCUCAGCAGGGUCCGUAGCACCCAUCACAGAACAGCACUUGAAAGUGACAGAUACUGACUCAGAUGAGCGGCAGGUGAUGUACAUCUUGAAGGAAGAUCCUGGUGCAGGGCGCCUACAGAUGGUAAAGCAUAACAGCCUAGAGCAAAUCUCCAUCAAAGGCCCCAUCCGAAGUUUCACCCAGGCUGACAUCAGCCAAGGCCGUGUAGAAUACAGUCAUGGAAAAGGAGAAUCUGGCGGGAGCUUUGCUUUUAAAUUUGAUGUGGUUGAUGGAGAAGGCAACAAAUUGAUUGGCCAGUCAUUUUCCAUCAGCGUUUUGGAAGACAAAUCCCCACCAGUCAUCACCACCAAUAAAGGGCUGGUCUUAGAUGAAAACUCCAUGAAGAAAAUCACCACCCUGCAGCUCUCUGCCACUGACCAGGAGACGGAGCCUGCAGAACUGAUCUACAGAAUCACCAGAGAGCCCCAGCUGGGCCACCUGGAACACACAGCAUCACCAGGUAUCCAGAUUAGUUCCUUUACUCAAGCUGACCUCACUUCAGGAAACGUUCAGUAUGUCCACUCCAGUGAGACCGAGAAGCAUUCAGAUGCCUUCAGCUUUACGCUCUCAGAUGGAGUCAAUGAGGUGACUCAGACUUUCCACAUUACUCUUCGCCCUGUGGAUGACUCACUGCCCGUUGUACAGAACUUGGGGAUGCGGGUACAGGAGGGUGUAAGGAAGACCAUCACAGAGUUUGAGCUCAAGGCAAUAGAUGCGGACACAGAGGCCGAGUCUGUCACGUUCACGGUUGUGCAGCCCCCACGCCACGGCACCAUCGAGCGCACCACUGACGGACAGCCCUUCCAGCACACCUCCACCUUCACCAUGGAGGACGUCUACCAGAACCGGGUCCGCUACAGCCAUGACGGCAGCAACUCCCUCAAAGACCGGCUCACCUUUACCGUUGCUGAUGGGACAAAUCCCUUCUUUAUUAUUGAGGAAGGAGGAAAAGAGAUCAUAACGGCAGCGCCUCAGCAGUUCUGGAUAGACAUCCUCCCAGUAGAUGAUGGCACCCCUAGAAUUGUUGCCAACCUGGGGCUCCAGUGGCUGGAGUACAUGGAUGGCAAGGCAACCAACCUGAUCACCAAGAAGGAACUGCUGACCGUGGACCCAGACACAGAGGACCCACAGCUUGUCUACGAGAUAACCACGGGCCCCAAGCACGGCCACGUGGAGAACAAGCUGCAGCCUGGCAGAGCUGCUGCUACUUUCACUCAGGAGGACGUGAACUUGGGGUUGGUUCGUUAUGUCUUGCAUGAGGAGAAGAUCCGUGAGAUGAUGGAUAGUUUUCAGUUUCUGGUGAGAGACAGUAAACCCAAUGUGGUCAGCGACAAUGUCUUCCAUAUCCAGUGGUCCCUCAUCAGCUUUAAAUAUACCAGCUACAAUGUCAGUGAGAAAGCGGGGUCCGUCAGCGUCACGGUGCAGAGGACAGGGAACCUGAACCAGUACGCCAUCGUCCUGUGUCGCACGGAGCAAGGCACUGCCAGCUCCAGCUCCAGGGUCAGCUCCCAGCCUGGACAGCAGGACUACGUGGAGUAUGCUGGCCAGGUGCAGUUUGAUGAGCGAGAGGAUACCAAGUCCUGCACCAUCGUCAUCAACGAUGACGAUGUGUUUGAGAACGUUGAGAGUUUCACCGUGGAGCUCAGCAUGCCAGCAUAUGCCCUCCUGGGGGAGUUCACCCAGGCGAAGGUCAUUAUCAAUGACACUGAGGACGAGCCCACGUUAGAGUUUGAUAAGAAGACCUACCGGGUCAACGAGAGCGCUGGCUUUCUGUUUGCACCUAUUGAAAGAAAAGGGGAUUCAAGCAGCAUUGUAUCUGCAAUUUGCUACACGAUUCCUAAGUCAGCUAUGGGAAGUAGCCUCUAUGCUCUAGAAUCGGGCUCUGAUUUUAAAUCUCGAGGGAUGUCUGCUGAGAGUCGUGUGAUAUUCGGGCCUGGUGUCACCAUGUCCACCUGUGAUGUCAUGCUCAUUGAUGACAGCGAGUAUGAAGAGGAAGAAGAGUUUGAGAUUGCCCUGGCAGAUGCUUCCGACAAUGCCCGCAUCGGAAGGGUAGCGUCAGCCAAGGUGCUCAUCACUGGUCCCAAUGAUGCUUCUACUGUGUCCCUGAGCAACACGGCUUUUACUGUCAGCGAGGAUGCAGGAACAGUGAAGAUCCCAGUUAUCCGUCACGGGACUGACCUUUCCACCUUCACAUCUGUCUGGUGUGCAACUCGGCCCUCAGACCCUGCUUCCGCCACUCCAGGAGUGGACUACGUUCCCAGCUCUAGGAAGGUGGAGUUCGGGCCAGGUGUCACUGAGCAGUAUUGCACCUUGACCAUCUUGGAUGACACUCAAUAUCCGGUGAUUGAAGGGCUGGAAACAUUUGUGGUUUUCCUCAGCUCAGCACAAGGGGCCGAACUGACCAAACCCUUCCAGUCUGUCAUUGCCAUUAAUGACACAUUCCAGGACGUGCCCAGCAUGCAGUUUGCCAAGGAUUUGCUCCUAGUGAAGGAGAAGGAGGGUGUCCUGCAUGUGCCCAUCAUUCGGAGCGGGGACCUGAGCUACGAGUCAUCAGUGAGGUGCUACACUCAGGGCCAUUCAGCUCAGGUCAUGGAGGACUUUGAGGAGAGAAGAAAUGCAGACUCUUCACGGAUUACAUUUCUCAAAGGGGAGAAGAUGAAGAACUGUACUGUCUAUAUCCACGAUGACUCCAUGUUUGAGCCUGAGGAACAGUUCAGGGUCUACCUUGGCCAUCCUCUUGGAAACCACUGGAGUGGAGCCAGAGUUGGAAAGAAUAACAUGGCCACCAUCACCAUAUCCAAUGAUGAAGAUGCCCCCACCAUCGAGUUUGAAGAAACUGCAUACCAAGUCCGGGAACCCUCAGGGCCAGAUGCCACGGCCAUUCUGAACAUCAAGGUGAUCCGCAGAGGGGAUCAGAACAGGACAUCCAAGAUUCGCUGUAGCACACGGGACGGGUCAGCCCAGUCUGGCGUGGAUUAUUACCCAAAGAGCCGAGUCUUGAAGUUCAGUCCUGGUGUGGAUCAUAUCUUCUUUAAAGUUGAGAUCCUGUCCAAUGAAGACCGGGAGUGGCAUGAAUCAUUCUCCCUAGUCCUUGGUCCAGAUGACCCAGUGGAAGCAGUUCUUGGCGAUGUGACCACUGCCACAGUGACGAUUCUAGACCAGGAGGCUGCAGGGAGUCUCAUCCUGCCAGCACCACCCAUCGUUGUUACACUUGCUGACUAUGACCACGUGGAAGAGGUUACCAAAGCGGGAGUCAAGAAAUCCCCCUCCCCGGGCUACCCGCUGGUCUGUGUCACCCCCUGUGACCCCCAUUUCCCCAAGUAUGUCGUCAUGAAGGAGCGCUGCGGUGAGGCUGGCAUCAACCAGACGUCUGUGCAGUUCAGCUGGGAAGUGGCCACCCCCACUGAUGGCAACGGGGCCCGGUCUCCCUUUGAGACUGUCACCGACAACACGCCAUUCACCAGUGUCAACCACAUGGUCCUGGACAGCAUUUACUUCAGCCGGAGGUUCCAUGUACGUUGUGUGGCCAAGGCUGUGGACAAAGUGGGCCAUGCGGGGACCCCUUUAAGGAGCAACAUCGUUACCAUCGGAACAGACAGUGCGAUCUGCCACACUCCAGUGGUGGCUGGGACAGCCCGAGGCUUCCAGGCUCAGUCCUUCAUCGCAACGUUGAAAUACCUGGAUGUCAAACACAAGGAGCAUCCCAACAGGAUCCACAUUUCAGUGCAGAUCCCACACCAGGAUGGAAUGCUGCCCCUUAUCUCCACCAUGCCAUUGCACAACUUGCAUUUUCUGCUAUCUGAGUCCAUCUACAGACACCAGCACGUCUGCUCCAAUCUCAUCACCACCCGUGACCUGAGAGGCACCUCAGAGGCAGGGUUCCUGGACGACAGGGUCCACGACAGCACGGCCCUGGGGCCUGGCUAUGAUCGCCCCUUCCAGUUUGACCCCAGCGUGCGGGAGCCCAAGACCAUCCAGCUCUACAAACACCUGAACCUGAAGAGCUGCGUCUGGACGUUUGAUGCCUAUUACGACAUGACGGAGCUAAUUGACAUCUGUGGGGGGUCUGUAACUGCCGACUUCCAGGUGAGAGACUCUGCUCAGUCAUUCCUGACAGUGCACGUGCCUCUCUACGUGUCCUACAUCUAUGUGACAGCCCCCAGGGGCUGGGCCUCCUUGGAGCACCACACGGAGAUGGAGUUUUCCUUCUUCUAUGACACUGUUCUCUGGAGAACAGGAAUCCAGACGGACAGUGUGCUCUCUGCCAGGCUUCAGAUAAUAAGAAUCUACAUUCGAGAGGAUGGACGCCUGGUCAUUGAAUUCAAGACCCACGCCAAAUUCAGAGGGCAGUUUGUGAUGGAGCACCACACCCUCCCUGAUGUGAAAUCAUUCAUACUGACUCCAGACCACCUUGGAGGAAUUGAAUUUGACCUGCAGCUCCUUUGGAGUGCUCAGACUUUUGAUUCUCCUUACCAACUCUGGAGAGCCACAAGCUCUUAUAACAGGAAGGACUACUCCGGGGAGUACACCAUCUACCUGAUCCCUUGCACUGUGCAGCCCACGCAGCCUUGGGUGGACCCAGGAGAAAAGCCUUUGGCGUGCACCGCACAUGCCCCAGAAAGAUUCCUGAUACCCAUUGCAUUCCAGCAGACCAACCGCCCUGUCCCCAUUGUGUAUUCACUCAAUACUGAGUUUCAGCUCUGCAACAAUGAGAAGGUGUUCCUGAUGGAUCCCAACACAUCUGAUAUGUCACUGGCAGAAAUGGAUUACAAAGGGGCCUUCUCCAAAGGUCAAAUCCUCUAUGGCCGAGUACUUUGGAACCCAGAACAAAACCUUAAUUCUGCUUACAAACUCCAGCUGGAGAAGGUCUAUCUUUGUACUGGCAAGGAUGGCUACGUGCCUUUCUUUGACCCCACGGGGACAAUCUACAAUGAAGGGCCACAGUACGGAUGCAUUCAGCCAAACAAACACCUAAAACACAGAUUCCUGCUGCUGGACCGCAGUCAGCCAGAGGUAACUGACAAGUACUUCCACGACGUGCCCUUUGAGGCCCACUUUGCUUCUGAGUUGCCUGAUUUCCACGUGGUCAGUAGCAUGCCAGGCGUGGAUGGAUUUACUCUGAAGGUGGACGCACUGUAUAAGGUGGAAGCAGGACACCAGUGGUAUCUCCAGGUGAUCUACAUCAUUGGCCCUGACACCAUCUCAGGUCCCAGGGUCCAGCGCUCUCUCACGGCCCCUCUGAGGCGCAACCGAAGGGACCUGGUGGACCCCAGUGGCUGGCUGACCCUUGAUGAGUCCCUCAUCUAUGACAAUGAAGGGGACCAAAUCAAGAACGGCACCAAUAUGAAGUCCCUGAAUCUGGAGAUGCAAGAGUCAGCUAUCGCUGCUUCCCUAUCCCAAACUGGGGCGUCUGUCGGCAGCGCCUUCGCUGCCAUCAUGCUCCUACUUGUGGUGUUUUUGGUGGCUUGUUUCAUCACCAGGAAAUGCCAGAAACAGAGGAAGAAGCUGCCCACAGGCGACCUUUUGGAGGAAUACCCUCUGAACACCAAGGUGGAUGUGCCCAAGAGGGGCCCGGACAGGGUGGAGAAGAACGUGGACAGACAGUACUGCACCGUGCGGAACGUCAACAUACUCCGUGAAACCGAGGGCGCUUAUGUGUUCAAAGGUGCUAAAGUAAAAAAAUUGAAUCUGGAAGUCAGAGUUCACAACAAUUUGCAAGACGGAACAGAAGUUUAAUGGAGGAGACCCAUGUGUAUUUUUUUUCUAAAAUCAUUUUUUAUAAAACGGGAAAAUACUGGUAUUUUUAUAAUCUUGCUGAUUGAAAAGGGAAAACUAUAGCUUUGAGUGGCGGAGGCACCCAUCACAUGCAUCGACGCACAACUGAGCUACCUCAUUAAACAAAGAACCACUGAGACCCCAAAGGAUGGAAGUAGUUCUUUCCAUGGAUCCCAUUAACAGUCUCAGCAGUGACAGUUUGUUCCUUCCGUAAGGCUGAUCUUAGAAAGCCAGUGUUUGGUGUUCGGACAGGAGUUAGGUCAGCUGGUAGAGCUGAGAGGGCCGGGGGAUGUACCAGGCAGGUCCCAGAGGAAGAGAGAGAGGGGUGAGGGCCUUUGGAUCCUCCCCCACCUCCAGCUCCCGUCUGCUUGAGCUUCUCCUGGGCCUCCACACAGCAGAGUCCACACUGCUGACGCCCAGAUUCCGCUCAGCACCUGUGUGUUUGCUCGUGUGUCCACCAGAUAGCCUGCUCUGCGUGGCCUCUGAUUGUACUUUAUAUCACCAGCCCUCUUCACCUGGGAGUUCAGAGUGCUCUAGACGAGAGCAUUUCUCCACAACUCACAGGAGACACCUCCACCUCUCCCGUCAGGCAUCAGGCAUGGCAGAACCUCCCUCAUGGAGGGGAGACUGAAACCCGGGGAAAGGAGGGACCUGGCAGGCGCCUCAGUGAUGCCCUGCAUCCUAGGCCCUGGGGGAUGUCCUCGGGCCCUGCCGGUUUACACUGCAGUCAGCACACAUCCAGACAUCCUCCCUGACGAAGGAUGCUGCCAGGCGAGAUCGCUGCACUGUGGCCUUUUUAUUCAGCAUUGCCGUGGAUGCUGGAAACACCUACCACAGUUCCUGCUGCCCCAGGCUUUUCCCAGUCCAAUAAUAGACAAGCCGUGUGCUUUGCUUGCUGUGGGGUUUUCAUUUUGUUAGGGUUUCAGGAAAGUCAGUGAUUCAUCUGAAUAAAGCAAAUUAGGAAAAAGCUCAGGCCAGAGCAAAAUCAGAGUCAAUGGACGCCAACUAGUACUCAUAGCAGAAAAGUAGUAGUACUCACAUAGAAAAGUACCAGUACUCACAGCAGAUAGAGUACUAGCACAGCAGAUCAAGGCACCAUUCCUGGUACAGUAUUUCAGGGAUUUCUUUGGGGGGGUUCUUUUUUGGUAGCUCAGGCACAUAUUUUACCAUAUCAGCACAUGACAAGGCCAUGAACACAUGGCUUUAAAAUGAUUUAGUGUUCAAAUAGCCGCUUAAUGAUGUUGUACGUAGUGUGCGCACUGCUUGCUUUUGUGUUUCAGUUUCGUUUCUGCUGUAUUGGCAAAAACAUAAGCACGCACGUCACGUUGUUUUGAACUGGAGGCACCAUUCCGUUGUUUGGAAGUAAGAGACACAUCCCUCUCCUGAUGUCACUGGACAAGUCACAGAGCAUUCACGUUGUGUAAUAUUUAUAAUAGAAUGACCCUAGCUCUUUGGGAACAUUCCACACUGGAAACACUUCGGUCCUAAAAGCUAGAAAGAAUGAACUGUGAAAGGUUUUAGGCAUCUCUGGCGGACUCCAAGCUCCUUGACAGACGGGCGGUUGUGAGCUGUGCCUUGGGUUCUCCAGCAGUGCCUUGUACACAACAAGCACUCCAGGAAUAUGUGCUAAGUAAACAAAUGAAUGGUAUCGUGGGUGAAUGACAAAGGAAUCAAUUUAGGGAGGGGAGGAGAGAGAGUGUGGAGGCAAUAUCACAAGGACAAGUAGAGAAAAAAAAAAACCAUCUCUUCUACUUGGAUUAUAAAAUAGUCUUCUCAUUGGAGCAAAGAGGCACCAGUUGACGUAGGCGUGAAUCUGGUAGUGGGCUUGAGGAGGACUGAACAGAAAAGCUGUAAUAAUGUAUCAGCAGGAGGUGAGACUGUGACUCAGUCUCCAGCGCAGGACGUUUAGAGGAAAGUCUGACUUAGCAACUUCCAGCUGAGCAUAAAGUUUCCUGGAGAGGAUGAGUUGGAGUGAGUGGGCCCAGAACCUGAUACUCCUGACGGCUCAGGUGCCACUCGAGGCCAGCUUGGGUGUUUAGGGGUGGAGCUUCUGUAUUGGUCUCAUGAACCCUCAGAACUGGUGUCUCAUGACUGGAGAGGUCAUCAGCCGAGUGUGGAAUCCUCUCCAGGACAACCUAGGAAGUUGAGGCUAAUUCUGCAAGGACAGGAAGCCCAUCGCUCACGGAGCAACUUUUGAUUUGGCCUGGUUGUUUAUCGCUGCUCCUAGGUGCCUGAAUGCCUGCGCGUUGAAGCAGCAACUUUCCACUUGACCGAACAGUCUUCUUCCAGUGCCCUUCCAUUCCUACUAAAUAGGGCACGUGGGUGGGCAGAGUGCAAACAGGAGGCAGAACGGGGCCAGUGCGGGAAGGGAUGGAGACUGAUCUCAGAGCUCUCCCAGCAGCCUCCAUGGAAUGGUCUCGAAUGACAAGGGCAGCAUCUCUGAGGACCAUGAGAUACUGAGUUAUCAGUGUGAAAGGAAACCCUCGGAUAUUCCUGCCUCCCUUCCUUUCUACCCUCCACCCCAGCUACAUACAAUCCAUCAAACGCUGAUGCUUCUCUGGUGGACGCUUGCUUGUGAAAUAGAAAUUGCUCAGAGAUGUAAAACUGAGAUUUACUUCUUUGAUACGGAAUUUUUCAUUUCUUUUACGUUUUAGACUUCAUACUAGGAAGCAGAGAAUUUGGUGACCGAUGUGCGAUUAUACUUCAGUCAAAGCUCUCCUUUCAGCUUCUCUAACUUGCUCACGAAGUCCUUGUGUGUGUUUUACUAACCUUUUCUGCCAUGCCUUUAGGUGAGAAGGCACAAAAGACCCUCAGGGGCUGUUAUUUGCUAUCACAUGCUGGCUGUGAAGGUUAAAAGAGAGAACAGUCUGCACCUUUGCCCUUUGAUUGUACUCCAGGCCUCCUGGCAGACUCGCGCAGAUUCUCACGGGUAGAUGCAGAGAGAGUGUUGGAAUGUGUUUGCACAGUCUUACAAUAUUCAGUCUUGGUGUCCCAUAGGUAUUCAUUCUUCUUGGAUACUACACACCUGCCCAGACUUGAGUAAAACAUCCGUGGUGCUGUCAACCUGAUUUCUUGACUCUGAAAUGAUUUUUGUAUUUCCAAUACCAAUUUGUGUGUUAUGAAUUUCUGAUUUCUCCAACAGCAUAUGCCACUAUAUAAAUUUGUAUUAAUAAAUGACGGUCUGGUUGUGGUUUUUUGCUAUGUUCAUCUCAUUAGAUUCUUCAUCUCAUUAACAUAUGAUGGUGCCAGUGAGAUGGCAAAAAUCAUUCUAAAAUUUGAGACAAGUGUUUUGGAGAAAAUCCCUUUGAAAGGGUUGA